AUGCUCUCAGCAUCUCAGCAUCGACCUCCGAUGGAUCAGCAAUCAAUGUGCAAGUUAGCCUCAACGCAAAUCGACGCAUUCUUGACAGAGCUUGAAAGGUUAGAUGAUAAGAUGAUUCUUACCGAAGUACACCUGCUCGAGAGUCACAUCUACCGUGGCAUCGGAAACCUGUCGAAGUCCAAGGUUGGUCCUUCGAGUGCCAUCCCGGUAUUCUCAUUGUACGCUUACGUCCACGAAAUGCAAAGGCUGCCAUCACUUUCGCUAGACCUGCAAUCUGGUGUUCUCCAUGCCAAGGACAAAGAUUACACUAUCGCAUACUCAUAUUUCUAUGAGACUUUUGAGAACAUGUCAUCGCAGGAUGACCCAGCAGCGCUGAACGCACUCAAGUACAUGCUUUUGUGCAAGGUCAUGUUGAAUAUGCCAGAAGAUGUAACAUCACUUCUCUAUAUCAAGCUCGCACAGAAUUUGCUGCGUAUCGGUGAGCCGUACUCGAUGGUAAAGAUUGACUACGUUGCCAAACAGGCUAUCUCAGAUGAUCUUGGACAUGGUGUUCCACGGCGUGCUGGAUCAGGGAUGACUCGGAUGCCUGAUCGUAUUUGA